GCUACUUCGCUUGUUAAAAAUUCCACUUGGGUGUGCCGUCUGAGAAACGUCUGUCUUUUUACAUUGAUAGAGAAGUGAAGCAAUAGACAAGAGACAAAGCUCUUGAGUUAACACACUUACACUAACCAGACUCCCAACACUUGGACGCAGGAAAAAGUCCGUCUUUCUUUUCCAAUAAUGGGGAAAAUUUUGAUUUCCACCACCUACCUAAUGCUGAUCCUGUCCUGUGUGGAGUCGUGCUUUCUGCUGAGAACUCUCUACGUAAUUGUACCUGAAAUAAUUCCACCUGGAUACCAAGUAGCAAAAGUUGAAACCAUCGGCUGUGAUGCAAAAUCAGCGCAGUUAACUGUGAAGGACCCGAGUUUCACAAUAAAAAGUAACGGAGCAGUCAUAGCCUUAAGGUCUGUCUCAGUGGGAGAAAGAGGACGGAUAUUUUCUGUGUCUGCUCGGGACAAGAGUGGACUGGAAAGAAAGAUGGAAGUUCACCUUGUCCGCAGUACCAUCUUGAAAAGACAUGAACGCGGCCAAGGCUCUCUGAACCGCUCUAAAAGACCGGCCUGUCGUUUUCCGACGUCUGUAGUCGAGAAUUAUGAGGGGAACUAUCCAAUACUCCUUGAGAAGCUGGUGUCAGAUCCCUCAGCAAGCCAUGAUAUGUACUUUACUAUUGAAGGAGAAGGAGUCGAUACAUAUGCAACUGGAGUGUUCAGUCUGGACAGAGACACGGGGGAUCUGUUCUUGCUCAAAGCAGUGGAUCGUGAGGAGUUCCCAGAAUAUAAUUUUGAAUUGCGUGCUUUUGACAAGCAUACUAAUGUGGAGCUCGGGUAUUUUCCCCUGACAGUGAUUGUAGAUGAUGUCAAUGACAAUGCUCCAGAGUUCGUAGGCCCUUUACAGUUUACAGUUCCUGAGCACUGUAGUGCAGGGACUGUGGUGGGAGUGGUGAGUGCAACUGACAGAGACCAAGAUGGCACCGACCAUGUGAAGAUUAAAUAUACACUCGUAUCUGGAUCAGACAUGUUUACCAUUCAUCCAGAAACAGGUGUCAUCACAACAACAACCAACACGCUAGACAGAGAGAUAAAAGACAACCAUGUGGUGACUGUAAAAAUCCAGGAUAUGAAUGGUGCACCAAAUGGUCUGUUUGCCACAUCAACAGCAACAAUUGCUCUGAGUGAUAUUAAUGACAAUCCACCAACCUUCAUGAAAUCAUCUUAUAAUGUCACUGUGCAAGAAAAUGAAAGUGAAAAACUUCUACUUCGAAUUCCUAUUCAAGAUAAAGAUUUGAUAAACACAUCGAACUGGAUGUCAAAGUUUGUCAUUACUAAAGGAAAUGAAAAUGGAAAUUUCAGGAUAGUUACUGACCCCCUAACAAACGAAGGGCUUUUGUACAUCUCAAAGCCAUUAGAUUAUGAGAAAACCAACGGUCUACAGCUCCUUAUUAUUGCACAAAAUGUGGCAUUACUGAAUGGCAGCAGUGCCACAUGGCAGUCCAUCCCUGUGAAUGUUAAUGUUGAAAAAGUGGAUGCAGGCUCUGUGUCCUUCGGACUACUAGGAAUUAUGACUACGCUGUGCCCUGUGGUCCUGCUCCUGAUUCUCUUCCUGCUUCUUGCAUUUUUCUGUCUAACAAAGAGAGAGAAAUUGCAACUUAAUGAACCAGGAAGAAUCCCACUCAUAUCCAACAUAGACGUCCCAGGGGACAGCGCGGAAAGAAACUGAUCCAAAUGGGAACAAAAGGACAAUACGCAGACGAUAUCAUUCACUUCUAAGGUUCUAAGGAUGUGGCUGUGUAACUGGCUCUAUCAGAUGCUGCAGUGAUAAUAAUGAAAACGAUAACCUUGACUUUCUGAACACAUUCGGAUGAAAGUUAAAAACUCUUGCAAAGGUCUGCAGAAAGACACGAAAACAGUCACUCCAGAUUAAUGUUGUUUACUUUAAGCUGUAAAGUAAAGAACAUAUAUAUAUAUAUAUAUAUAUCUAUAUAUAUAUAUAUAGAUAUAUAUAUAUUAGGGAUGCAACGAUACCAAUUUUUUCAAACCGAUCCGAUACCGAUACUUGGAUCUGAG